AUGGAUCUACAGCGCUACAUACGUGCUUUUAUUUUGGUCUGUAAAGCAGUUAGAUUAUCAAGAACAUGUGACAGAAUAUGGAGUCCAUUGGAACUUCUUUUUACUUUAGCUGUUUGUAAAUUUCUAUCAACAUUUCUUUUAUUCUCUUCAAACAGAGCUUUAUUCUUUAGUGUUCUGAUAAUAUUUGUACAUGAAGUAUUAUUAUGGUACAGUUUACAAGAUUGGGUGUUUGGUGAUGAACCCCGCAGUUCCUUGUUAUCUGCCAACAGAGAGGGUGUCUCAUCUUGCCUUGGUUAUGUCUCUAUGUAUUUAUUUGCUGCACAUUUAAAGACUGAGCUGAACAAUAGGAGUGUCACGAGGAUUAGGUUACUAUGUAAAAUGUUUUUGGGGUCUGUAUUGGUUUGGACCAUGUCACAAGUACUUCAUUUAUACAGGCCUGCAUCAAGAACUUUAGCAAAUGCAGGAUACUGCCUAUAUCUAGAGGCAGUGUUUUUAAGCAUCAGCGCUUUCAUGUAUAUCAUUGAAGUGUUGUUCCAAGAUCUGGAAAACAAAUUGUACUUCGAGUUGCCGGAGAUUUUAAAAGUUGUGAACUGGAAUGGACUGAUAUAUUUCCUUGUAUGUAAUUUAGCAACAGGAAUGAUUAAUUUAAGUAUGAGAACACUUCUUGUCUCUACAAGUAUGGCUAUUGUUAUUUUUGUACUGUAUAUGGCAUUUUCACUUGUAAUUACUAGUUGUAUUCAAUCAUUAUUUAAACAAUUUAAGAGAUGAGGAUUCAUUAAUAAACAUAUUUGGAAAUAAAGCUUUGUAUAUUAACAGAUAAGAAAAUAUGACAUUGAAUAUAAUUUCUUGAUAUAGAUAUACAAUGUGAUAAAACUAUUUUCUACACACAUAUUAUGUUUGUAAGGAUAGUUAUACUUAAAUAGUUAUUUAAAGUCUUGAAUUGUCCAAAAGUUAAUACAUUUUAGGUUAUUAUAACAGAAAAAUUAAGUAAUUUAUUUACUAUUGAAUGCUAACUGUACCUAAAAGUAAAUAAAAAUAUAAACCCAUAAAUGCUUUUUUCAAUGUCAAACUAGGUUUUUAAUUAAAAAACCCUUCAGAAAUAACAUAACUAAACUAAAACAACUUAAAAUAUCUCACUCAAUAUUUUUUCAAAAGGUUUCAGUCUUAAAAAUCAUUCUAUUGAAAUUUAAUUGUGGUGUCUGGCUUUUAUAAACAGAAAAAAAGUAUAAUGCAGGUCAGGGAAUAGCCAAAAUGUUUUAUGGUUGUUGGUUAAUUAAUAGUAAUUAUAGUGGACUCCUUUUUGAAAGAAUGGCCGAGGACUGCACAAAACCGGGAGGAAUGGAAAAAGCGGGGGGAGGCCUUUGCCCAGCAGUGGGACAUAUCGCAGGCUCUUAAUAAUAAUAAAAUAAUUGUGGACACCCUGUUUACGAUUAUAAGUGAUAUAACAUGUGAAUUGUGACUAUUGGCUAUGUGCUGCCAGAAAUAUCGUAAUAAAUGAAAUUUCAAACCACACUAGUAAGAGAGAGGUAGAUGGGUAGUUUAAUGUCAAUAAUAAUAUUUCCAAUAAACACUACUUAGCUGUACUAUUCUCUCUAGCAAUUCUACACAUCUACAGUAUAAAUAUGUAUAUUCUAUCUUUGAUAAUAAUAACACUACAGUAUAACAAUAACUAUGGAUCGGGCAAGCUCUUCAAUAUUAAAAUUCGUCUAAUUACAAAUUAUUUACAAUAUAAUUUAUAAAAAACUAACUUUCCGAUAAUAGAUUGGAUUAUAAAAUCUAUUUCAUCUAUAGAUGUAAUAAUAUAAUUCAUAUAAUUUUCUAAUUUGUAUCAUGUUUCAAAAAAAAGUGUACUUAAUAUGUCGCCAGAAUUUUGUUCGCCAGUGUUUUGUUGAAAUUCGCAAAUUAUCUAUAUUUCGUAAAAAUAUAGUAAGUAGGUACAGGGGCCCAUUUCUUGAAGCUACAAGUUACAAUUUACAAGUGGUUGUCAAUGUCUAAUAUGACAAGUUGGAAUGAGACUUCCGCUUGUAACUUGUAACUUUCAGUUUUGAGAAAUGGGCCCCAGAUCGUUUCACGAAAGCCAGCACGAAUGGAAUGAAAAAAAAAAACUUAAACUGUAUGAGUGACACAGCUAUCUAGGUAAGGCCCAGUCUACAUUACAAUGUACAUAGUUGUUGCAAUCUAAUUUGAAUCUUCCAUGAA